AUGAGAUCCCUGCUGCUCCUGCUGCUAAUUUGCUCCCAAGGAGUCUGUGUGAAGCAGAAGGCAAAAUGCCCCUUGAAUCUGAUCAGAGAUGAAAUUGAUGCUCGCAAUUACUACCAGCCUGGAGACUUCCUCAUUGGUGGAAUCGUAUCUCCACAAUAUAUUUUGGAACAUAAUCCAUAUGUCUUUAACCAGACACCCUUCACCAACCAUUUGAUGUAAGUAAUUCUUUACGUAGGAAUGUAAAAGUCUUUAACCUCCCCUGGUCCCUAUCUCUGAAGGAGAGAGCCCCUAUCUCACGGCUGGGGAGUCUGAAACUGAUGCUCACAAUUGUACUACCAGCAUGGAGACUUUCUCAUUGGUGGAAUCGUAUCUCCAAAAGAUUUUUUAGAAUAUGAUCCCUAUGUCUUCUCCCAGACACCCUUCACCAGGAUUGUGGAGUAAGUAAUUCAUUACAGAGGGAUGUCAAAGUCCUUAAGGGACCCUGGUCCCUAUCUCUGAAGGAGAGAGCCCCUUUCUCAAGAGUCUGGGGUCCUCCAGAGAUCGCUGGAUUACAACCCCCUCUUGCCUGACCGACCCUUGGCCUCGAUGGUUGUUGUUGUUGUUGUUAGAAUGUAUAGAUAUCCCUAUACCCGGGGGUCUCAGGGCAGUUCACAGAAUAAAAUCAAGAUAUAAAACCACAAAAUACCUGAGAAAAAUAAAAACAACAACCCAAUUGCCGCCCCACCGGGGCUGAGUUGGAGUCCAGUAAAAGAUUUCCCCCAAAGCCUCUCCCAGUUCCUUGCAUCUUCCCUAGUAAAAUACUCUCCCUCUCAUGCUACUGGGUUGCUUUUGGAGCUUGGUGACACAAGAAUGCAAGAGAAUCUGGUCAGGGAUCAAAGGGAUCCCCUGGAUUUUCCCACCUGCAGGAAGGAGGUGAGGAGGCAUGAGACUCAGGCAGUUUCCAAGGUGCCAAGUUUUGAUUUAUCACUAUUCUAUUUGUACAAUUUAUAAACUGCUUCAUCAGAAUUGUCUUUAAGGAAUGGAGCAGUUUUGAGAAUGAUAUGCUAAGAUCUUCCAGGUGACAUUUGUUAGCUGAAGAGAGGGAAAGAUAUGCUUUCUACAAAAUGAAGAAAUAAACAAUAGAAGCCAGGAGACUCCCAUGCUAUGGAGUCAGAUCUCUUAAAAAAGAACAAUAAUUCUUCUUCUUCUUCUUCUUCUUCUUCUUCUUCUUCUUCUUCUUCUUCUUCUUCUCUCAUCCUCAUUUCUAAGUAAAGUUGUUUUGAGAUCUUGGACUAACUAACCCACUGGUCACAAAACACCACCUCUACACUCCUGGAUUGGAGAACAAAUCUCCAAAUCUUUAUUGUAUAAUGGGCAGGAAAGGGUUGGAUAUAAAUGCAAUAAGAUAAUUUAAUAGAGACUAAUCUUUGUGGAUAAUAUUUUGUUAUCAUUCACCUGUGAAUAGGGUUUGAGUCUUUUAAAUUGGUCCAUUCAUUGCAGCGACACAUUUGCGUUCUACUGGCACAUCUUCUCCUUCCUGUUCACCAUCCAGGAGAUCAACCGGGAUCUCAGGCUCCUACCCAACACCACCCUUGGCUACAACCUCUAUGAGAACUAUUUUGAUGCCAGGAUGACUUCAGAUGCCAUGCUAGAGCUGCUUGCAGGCAGCGGAAGAAACAUUCCCAAUUAUCGCUGCGGAGAAGAGAAUCCCCUUCUGGCUGUUCUUGGAAGGAGUGAUUCUGACAUCUCAAAGGAGAUUUCCACCAUGUCAGGCAUCUACAAAAUCCCACAGGUAUGAAUGGGACAGAGGGCAUGGAGGGGCACAGGAGGAACCUCUACUUUCUCCUGGGGGGAGUUAAGGGGGGAAACCCUGAGCUAUGUGCUGGCCAUCCGGCCAAGGCUUCUCCCACCUGCCUUGCCCCACCUUCCAGCCCUGAGCUGCUGCCAUGGACAUGAUCUGCAUGUGUCUUUUAGUGAAAUGAAUCGAGAGAAAGAUCAUGAGUCAUGCGGUGGGGAGACUGGGUGCAUGAAUUCAGGAGUGCUCGGUUCAUUUCUGGUUGCUGGUUUGUUAAGGGUGUUAAUAUUGUUCCAUAGAUUAUACAUACUGUGGUAUUUUGUUAAUCAUAUAAUGUUACUUUUGUUGAAAUUGUACUGUUGUUUUGUUAAGAGUGUCUUAUAGAACAUAAUUGUUUUACUGAUGAUUUGUAAAUUAUUCUAUAUGAAUUAUGUUGUAUUUGUGAUGUUCUAUUAUGUUUUUGCUGUUCAUGAGCCGCUUUGUGGUUUUUGUGAAUGAAAAGCAACACAGAAAUAUAAUAAAUGGAAUGAAAUCCAACACUCUUUUUUGAAUGUACCGAGCCUUUUCCUACUUGGCCCCCACCUGACAGGGAGGGAGCUGACAGGGAAAGUACUGGCAAGGGGAACCAGGCAGGCAGAGAGCGUCUUUAUCCCUUCACUUCUUAGUAUCAAGCAAAACAGACAGAGAACCACAAAGUAUGUUCCCUCCAGGCUGGAGCUGUUGCCCAGUGUGCCCCCUCCUCCUUGCCCCAGCUUGCAUAUCAGACCCCUCCUGCUCCUACGGUGGCGGCCAAGGGACCCCUUCUGCCUCUGGGUCGUUUUCUGCUCUGUGAUGUGGGUGAAACGCCUGGUUUUGGAGGAAGGAGGAAGAUCUAGCAGGCUCCCAAGGGACCUAGUCUCAACUGGCUCUGAUCUUGUCUCCACUGCAUCUGACUCCUGUCUCUCUUCAGGGCUGGUGAAUCUGCUACCUUGCCCUUGCUCCUCACCUUCCAACAUUCCCCAGCUCUUUUCGUCUUCUGGGCUGGGUCCUUUUCCCACCACCACAAACCUGGCUCCAUGCUGUCUUCCUCUGCCCCCUCCCUGGAAGACUCUUGAGGGUCUCCACCUCUUCUUCUCAUCUGAAGAGUUCCUGACACCACCAGAUGUUUCGGAAUAAAGCUCCCAUUGAUCCCAGCAGCACAACUGUGGUUAGAUAUUAAUCAUUUCAGAUUACUAAAUAUCUACUCCCUUCCUGAAAGCAAAACAAUUACUCUUUCUGUUCCCUUCCAUGAAAGUAAAACAAACAAUUACUCUUUCCUUUCUUCACCAGCUCAGUUAUGGCUUCACAGCCCAGGUUCUUGAAGAUAAAACACAGUUCCCUUUCGUCUACCAGAUGCUCCCCAAAGAGGAAAGUCAGUACCAGGGGAUCGUGGAGUUGCUCCUCCAUUUCAGAUGGACGUGGGUUGGUCUCUUGGCUCCAGACAAUGACAGUGGAGAAAAGUUCGUGAGGACUAUGACACCUCUGAUGAUCAGAAAUGGGAUCUGCAUUGCCUUCUCAAAAAUAUAUACAGAAGAGGAUUUAUUUCAAGUAAUGGACCCAAGUGAAGCUGUUAUCAACAGGAGACAAGUCGGGGUAUUUGUUUGCUAUGUAACUGAUACAAAGGAAAUUUUCUUAAUAAUGGAAACAUGUAUAAGUAUUGAGGAAUAUUGGAAGAAGGAAAUACCGGGAACAGUCUGGAUAACAACUGCUUUCCAGGACAUCAACGUUAGCUUGACUUUCUCUCCUAGGUACAUCCGGUACAUUCAAGGUUCUCUCUCUUUCACAAUUAAGACCAGGAUAAGGAGCACCAAACAUGGUUAUGAUGAAUCUCUGUUCCGUAAUUUUUUCCUUUUUUGGAGUGUAGCAUUUCACUGUUCAUAUUCCAAGCAUGUUUUAUCCCCGAAAGGCCAGAUAAGAUGCAGAGAGAAGGAGGAACGGGAGUCUUUGCCCCAAGAGGAGAUUGAGAGCGCUCUGUCUGGAGACAACUAUGGCACUUACAUCAAUGUUCAAGCUGCAGCCCAGGCCUUAAAUGCUGCGUUUUCAUCUAGACCACGGCGGAUGCUGAUGGUGGGAGAAGGAGCCAAAUGGGAACAGGGAAGGCUUCAGCCAUGGCAGGUAUUUCCUUAGGCAAUUUGUUUUUUAAAAGGGAAAUGAUUUUAUUGCCUUUUGUAUUAAUCUUAUUUAUUAUUUGUAUUAAUUUUAUUUUGGAAAGCCCCUUGCUCCAAGUGAGGAGGAAUAAAAUGCUGCUGUCAUUCCAGCUCCACCCUUUCUUAAAAGAAAUCCAGUGUUUGAAUACUUCCAGGGGCACAAUGUGUUUGGAUGAGAAUUGGGAGCUGCCUCCUGACUUUGAUAUCAUGAAUUGGGUGAUGUUUCCCAAUAAGUCUCGUGCUUUGGUGAAGAUUGGCAGUACAAGUAGAGAGGCAUCUACUGGCAUCAAGUUCACCAUCAACCCAGAAGCCAUUGAGUGGCCUGAGAAGUUUCACAAGGUAGGGGAUGUUACCCAGGAAGAAGACUAGGAGAUCCUGCUCAUGCUCUUCCUGGAGCCUCUUUUGCCAAAUGACCUUAUAAGGGGGACCAAUGGUGUCCUUUCCACCCAGUUUCAGCUGCCAGCGCUGCUCCUUCUUGCCACAGCAGCUGAGAGGGGAGAGGAAUCUGGAGGCUCAAGAAUGCGCUAGCGCCCAGACAUCCUGAGAAAAGGCAGACUAUGUUUCCCAGCCAGGUUCCGCUCUCUGUUCACCUGGGGAAGAAAGAAAGCAGCACCCAGCCCUCUUCUCUUCUCUUCUCUUCUCUUCUCUCUCUCUCUCUCUCUCUCUCUCUCUCUCUCCUGUCCGGUCCCCCAAAGCAUCAAAAUAGGCUGGUGGCUGGUUUUCUCUAAACCCCAAAUCUUACACCCAGGUGUAUGCACCCUGUGGUUUGGCAUGUGGGACAUUAUCCGAAUCCUAAAGUUUGGCAAAACCGCAUUAAAGCCCUGAACAGCCAAUUGGUACAAUAAAACCUCAAAUAUUUAAUACUUCUCUGUCUAGGACUGCCUUCUAAAAGUCAGCUAGUUACUUAUUUCCUUGACAUCUGAUGGGAGGUUGUUCCACAUGGAAGUCGCCACCAGUGAGAAGGCCCUCUGCCUGGUUCCCUGUAACCUCGCUUCUCACAGGGAGGGAACCGUCAGAAGGCCCUUGGAGCUGGACCUCAGGGUCAGGGCUGGAUAAAGGGGAAGGAGACACACCUUCAAGCGUACAGGGCCAAGUUCGUUUAGGGCUUUAAAGAUCAGCACCAACAUUUUGAAUUGUAUAUAAAUGUGUGAUAUAAAACUUGCAUGAACAAAUGAACAAAGAGAUGCUUCUAUGCAAAAGGUGGACAGGCUCAGGGGACAAGAGAUCUUAUUAGGUCAUUUCCAAACUGUCAAAAUUCACCUCCUUUCCCUCUCCCUGUAUCAUGUUUAUUGAUUUUCCAUGCACUUUCUUAUCUUCAUGGUUAGGCCGUGCCUCGUUCCAGGUGUAG